ACGAUAGUCCGCCCUCUUUUGUUCUUGUUUUGUGAUGCACGUUACCUUCAAUUCACUGGCAGUUGUCUACCCGCAACAGGCCGUUUCGGAACGAAUUUGAAAUUUCUCCCAAAUUAUAUCGCGGUAAGCCAAUGGCACGACACCCCUCAAACACCAAUGGGUGACUUGACUCGGGGUCGACAUUCGGAGAAUUCAAGCUAACUACCGUAAGAGCUAGCAGUGACACCCAGCCAACGUCGAUGAAGGUACAUGGAGUGAAGCAGGGCUCGAAACUGGGGAGAAGUCGGACAAGCUUGCGGAACAAUAACGUUUACUACAUGACGCUGAGGACGUCAAAACGGUGUAUUGAAACUGGUCUCUUAUUUACUUCCGUAUUUGACGAACCGAAUAGCAAGUGCUGUGGAACCAAUGUACUAAGACAAUAAUCGUGAUGAAUCCUGGAUUUUGUCGACUAUCAAGCCAUAUUUGGGUGUAGCAUAAUUUUACAGAGCCGCACCAUCGUUUUGUUGUUUGUAAAUUCGGUUUUUCCGUUUGGCUUACAGAAGUGCCCAAGCAAUUUCAGACAAAAGAAGCUGGGAUUUUUUCCCCCCUUUGAUUGGGCUACAAAAAGUUCCUCGAGGAACCAUGACAGCUGUAAUCGGAAGAGCGUGGGGGUGGGUGCGCUCCUGGGGUGGGAAUGCAGCGUCAGAAAAAACUAUCUUGGUUAAAGCUGAGAUCAAAACGCAGACUGGCUCCAGUGAGCCAAGAGUCUUUGAUCGACAAAAAGACCAAAAUAGUCCAGGAGAGGAUGAGUUCUGGGAAGCCCACGAGAAGCUGCAACCUAUGGAAAUUGAAGACCUAUGUGCAGGGAAAGAAGAGAUCGAGACGACUGUUGAACGUGCUCCAAGAUGGUGGAAUAAAUAUCUUCCAACAUAUUUUAUUCCCUGGGGAAGGAAAACAAAGCCGAGUGAACUCACGCAAAAAAAACGCCACAUCAAGAGUGGUGAUCGGGAUAUUGACGGGGACUUUUCAGACUAUGGAACACCUCCUCCGUCCCCAACUCCACAUUCCCAGCUAGCAUCCCCCUUCCGUCUUUUUGUACACAGCUGGAACGUGGAAUUGUUUCCUGAGCACUAUGAGAUCUGCUUCAACUUCCUCCGCCAUCUGUUUGACCUGUUCGUGGUGGGGUUCCUGUGGAUUGUGUCGCCUCCCGUCAAGUUUAUCUUGGAAGUUUUGGGGAUCCAGGGACCACUGAGGCUUUGGCUCCAUGGCAUGGCCAUGUUUUUUGUGUCUACAGUUGGAAUGGCCGGACUCCUCUGGCUGAUCCAGGAGCAUCUCCCAGAGUUUGCUUUUAUAUACGGUGUUGUGCAAGCGUUAGUGAUCUCUGUCAGCCUGAAAAAGAGCGUGCUCCUUGGAUUGGAAGAAGAAAAACCACAAGUGGAGGAGGACAGCAGGGAAACUCAGGUGACUGAUGAAGACAAAGAAAGGCUUUUUGCAAGUGACAAAAUGAAGACAAGCUAAGCUUUUUGGUGAUGACAUCGAGCUGAUACCAGACAUCGUGAUGAGGUGUUGGACAUCACAGCUGCAAACAACAGCCAAUUUUCUUGCACCACUUUCUGAAGCCGUCAGGCUUUACAACUGUAUUGCACAUUUACAGACUUGCACAUGUCUUAUUCAAGUCACUUUCAACACUGUUCUGAAACCCGGUGUCAUCAUCUGAAUGUUGACACUGAAAGGUGGACCAGAUACCACUUAAGGGGACUGUUGAAUGUUCUCGAUGUGCUUCAGCCAAAGAUUUGAGGACUCCCUUUUUUGUUUGUUUGUUUGCAGUUGUUUUGUUUGUGUAUACUUUUUCAUGAGUUUCGUUGACCAUGUGUGUGUGAGUAAUUUGGUGGGAUUAAGAGCCACAGAGUUCAAAUGUACAAAGUACACCAAAGUGAGAGCCACUAUAUUAAGGCAAAUCCCAACAAUUUAUGGUGGAAAGCGGCAGAGACGCUUUUUUUGUUGUUGUUGUUGUUGUUCUGAGUCAUGACCUGGCAGUUCAACAAGGAAAUCAAAUCUCAGUUUAACAUCGUAUCAUAUCAGACAACAGAUCACAUGGAGCAGCUUUUGUUUUCCUUUCAAAGCCUCAAGUGGAACCCCAAAAGUCGAAUAUAUGUGCAGUCCAGUCAUGCCUGUUGACUUCCAGGUUGUCAUUUCAAAGCGAAAUUUCCCAUAGGAUCUAACGCUUCAAUUGUUUUUUUUUUCACUGUUCGCCGCGGGCAAAUUUACUUCAGCGCUGUUAUGUCACUGUGGCGUUUUGCUGGCAUUGCUGGAGUUAAAUAUUUUUUCAAAAGUGAUGCAAAAAGCAAACCACAAAAAAAGCAGGCUUCAAAUUAUCCCACCUUUGCUGCGGUCAACUUUAGAGGUUCCGCUCUAGUCCCCCACCCUCAUAGGCACCUGCAUUCUGACACUAAUCUGUUGUUGAAUAUGUUAUAACGUUGACUAUAUCAUCACUUGGCAGAUUUGUCACCACCUUUACAGUGCGUUUGAUGUCUGUAACUAUGGUUACAGAUCUCCACUUCAUGUCUGUUCAAGUAACAUUUCUCGAUUGUUCUGUUCAUUCACACCUUAUCAAACAAGAGUGAAAUAGCUGUGAAAAGAGGACUUUGGUAUGAAUAAAUUAGUCUAAUUUGACUA